UUUACAUCUCUCUCCAUCAUCAUCUUUUAUUUUGGUCACUGACUCGUGUUUCUCCCUCAGAUGCUGCUGCACGCUGUAAAGUUUGCUUUGAGAGAUUGACACUGAACUCAACGUCUGACUGAAGUUGAGCCAAAACCUGAGGAACAACAACAGGACGGUGUCCAGCAGCAGCAGCAGAUGCCACAACAAAGGCGUGUGAGGUUGUUGCACCUCUUUAAGCCUCUUACCGGCUGUAAGUCUGCAGCCGGCCUGCAGCGUUGCCGUUGGCUCUGAUCGUGAUGAUUUAAUCCCUCAGUGGAAAAGGUUAGCUCGUCUUUGGCUCUCACAGGUCUGUCACCCUGCCAACCACACACAGGCCAACAGAAAACUUGGACAGCAUGGAGGAGCUUCUUUUACCGAGCGGAGAGGAGGAGGUGCGCUCCGACCACAGCUCGUACGCUCCGGGAGACGCAGGGAGGACGAUGGGGGACCGGGUCAAGACUUUUGUCCAGGGGGACCUGAAGAAGAGCGCGAGGGAUUUCUUAAAGAGGAACGGGCUGCUGACGCUGUCGGUCAUCGCCGUGCUCACCGGCUGCACGCUGGGCUUCAUGCUGAGGGGAACCCAGCUGUCCACACAGGCAAAAAUCUACUUCUCUUUUCCUGGAGAGCUGCUGAUGAGGAUGCUGAAGAUGCUCAUCCUUCCUCUCAUCACGUCCAGUUUAAUGUCGGGUCUGUCGUCAAUGGAGUCGAAGGCCUGCUGUCGGAUGGGCGUCCUCACCGUCACCUACUACCUGUGGACCACUUUCAUCGCUGUGGUGGUCGGCAUCGUGCUCGUCGUCAUCAUCAAACCCGGCGUGGGGACGGAGAUGGAGAGUAACCGUCUGGGAGGGGGGCCUGUCAUGACCUCGGCCGACGCCCUGCUAGACCUCAUCAGAAACAUGGUUCCCUCGAAUCUGAUCGAGGCCACGUUCCAGCAGUACAAAACGGACCUGAUUCCCAUCCUCAAAGUCCCGACCAGAACCAUCCAGCCCAACUUCGUCUAUGUCUUCCCUGACGACAGUCACCCUAAGGGGCGGACGGUGUACCUGGAGCUGACCCCGCCUCCGGAGAUCACCUACAAGACCAGUCCCGGCAGCAGCCAGCAGAUGAACGUCCUGGGCAUCGUCAUCUUCUCCGCCACCAUGGGUCUGUUGCUGGGCAGGAUGGGAGAACGAGGAGCUCCACUCAUCAACGUCUGUCAGUGUAUCAACGAGUGCGUCAUGAAGAUCAUCAACGCUGCUGUCUGGUACUUUCCGUUCGGGAUCAUCUUCCUGGUGGCGGGGAAGAUCCUGGACAUGCAGGACCCAAGCACGCUGGGGAAGAAGCUGGGCUGGUACGGCAUCACCGUGCUGUCCGGCCUCUUCGUCCACGGACUCAUCCUCCUCCCUCUCUUCUUCUUCCUGCUCACCAGGAAGAACCCUUUCUCCUUCAUCCGCGGGCUGCUGCAGGCCAUGGUGAUCGCCCUGGCCACCUCCUCCAGCUCUGCCACGCUGCCCAUCACCAUGAAGUGUUUGUUGGAAAACUGCAAUGUUGACCGACAGAUCGCCCGCUUUGUCCUCCCUGUGGGCGCCACCAUCAACAUGGACGGCACGGCGCUGUACGAGGCUGUGGCGGCCAUCUUCAUCGCUCAGGUUAAUGACUAUGAGCUGGACUUCGGCCAGUUGGUCACCAUCAGCAUCACAGCUACAGCUGCCAGCAUCGGUGCAGCGGGGAUCCCUCAGGCCGGUCUGGUUACCAUGGUGAUCGUACUGACAUCAGUGGGCCUGCCGCCAGAUGACAUCACACUCAUUGUGGCCAUCGACUGGAUCCUCGACCGGUUUCGGACCAUGAUCAACGUCCUGGGCGACGCUCUGGCGGCAGGAAUCAUCGCCCACCUUUGUCGGAAAGAUUUCCCUCUCAGUGAAACAGGAAAGACUGUUCCGUCCUACGGGACGCAGACUCCUCACGCUCACAACUCCCACAGCGUAGACGUGCCAAUGACAGAGAUCCACACGCACAAAGACUGCAUGUUCGACGCCAUGGGCAACUCAGCAGGCGAGAGGCACGCACACACUGUCUACUACAACAUCUGCCAGGUGUGAUUGGACUGCACGGAGCAGCUCACCACGAAACACCACCGAGUGCGGUAGAGUCCCCACGGUGCCAUCUGAACAGGAAGAGGCGGACUUUGUGGUAACAGAACGUGAAUCUUCUUCCGAGCAGCAGCUGCUUUGUCUCUAACUCAAGAACUGUGGUUUAUUUGGCCAAAAGUGGAUUUAGGCUUCAUUUGGAGGUUUGUUGUCCUGCUCGCUGAUGACAGAGACAUUUACAGCUCCAGGGACAAAAGGACCAUGACGCCAUUUUAAUUCCCAGAAAGUGGGAAGGUUGCUAAAUAUCAAGCAGAGAAAUCUGGCAGCAUCUCUGGUUACUGUUGAGGAAGAGGAUGAACAUGGAGCCUGAUCUGCACCAGAGGAUUAUGGGUACAUCACGCCCCUCCUGGGAGCAGCUGCAGGUUCGUCAUCUGGUCUGACAGCGCCACCACGAAGCUGUACACUUCCCAUUUACCAUGGCGGUUCCUAUGGCUGGAUACCAAACCUUAAUACUUACUGACUUAAACGUGUCACAAACCGUCAGGUACCGAAAGUUGGUAUCAAAUGACGGGGCAGAGUCUCGACUCUUUUUUUGUUCAAUGAAAAAAAACCUUUUUCUUUUCAUUGAACAAAGAGUGGAAGAUGGAACGCUACGUUUGACCUCCGGUCAUGAGCUUUGGGGAGUGACCAACAGAAUGACAUCACAGAUACAAGCAGCUAAAAACCUCCACAGGCUCGGAUCAUCUUACACGUGUUUCACACCAACUGCUCAAAUUCUCAAAAGCACAUCAUUUACAAAAUCAUCCUCAGAAUGAAGCGGAGAACAGAGCUGUGAAAAGCAGCUCACUGUGAUGCUACAGACCACAGGAAGUUACGUUUUUGGGAUCAGAGUUUGAUUUGGUUCAACUGUGGCUGAAACCCGUGUUGGAAAAUGAAUGCACUGCUGCUGCCACAGGGAGCACAGCCGCUCUCUGUGUAACACUGAAACUGCUGUUUGGUGUGAAAGCUCUGUGAAGGAUGUGGAGCAGGUUUCACCAGCUGGUUUUUACUAAGCCCAGUCGUAACUGCUGAGUGUUUGUUAAGACAAGUUUUUAGACUUCACGUUGACUGCACCAACUAAACCAAAGCCUGGUCUCAACCUACACACGCUCUCAGCGAUUUGCGUUCAUGUGAGUGUCCACGCCUUUAUGGCUAGUGGUUAGUCAAGCCCAACUCAGAGGAGACUCCAGGGACACACAGGCUUGUAUAUCUCAUGAGACCUGGUCACGUCUUGGGAUCUUUCAGGGGGGACUGUGAGACAUCUGCACCACUGCGACCAAGACCAGUGUAAGCUGAGGAAAGAGGUUCGAUCGAUGGUUCUGGAGAAAAACUUUUUUUUACAUUUCUCAAAGUGAUUGAAAAGAUGUAAUGGUUUGAUAUCAGGAUAGAAACUCCAAUAUCGGUGCUUGUACCAAAACUCUUGAGGUGAUACUGAGCUCCAGCAGUGGGCUGUACUUCUGUACAAACCCUGAACAAAAGGUCCUGAUGCUGUGUUAUCAGCCCAGUUCAUAACAAAGAUUCAUGACGAGACGAGUUGAAAAUACUUGCGUUGUGCCGUUCUGCAUCAUUGUAAAAACCUGCCGGUUCACACCAAGUCACCAGAUGAGAUGGUGUAUCAUCUCUAUGCAACACACAGCGAGCAGCAGCAGAGACCCACCAUCCAACACUGGCACACCAUGAGGACAGAAACAGAGGGCUCCACUGGGAUGACUGGCUGUUGAAACAGGUGACGUGCUUUAAAACCAGCUGAGUGUCAGGUGACACCAUCAGUCGAGCUCAGACCGGCCAGUUCACACCGCUGACACUUUUCUCUGCAACGAUAGAAAACGUUUUCUUCUCAUCGCCGAUCUUUGAUCUGAACUGGACUUCAGGUGUAGAGGUGAUCAGUUCCUGGAUAAUCUAACAGAGCUUUUUACCUCCUGCUCACCAUCUUUACUUUGACUAUAAAGCCAGGAAGAAUCCACCUCUGUGUUGGGACAGAGACCAGUGAAACCACACUGGAUCACAGUGGGUGACAGUUAACGUGGCGGAGCUAAAAACAAAGCUCGGUUCUUUACAGAACUUCUUUUUUUUUUUUGUUCUUAGGGACAAACUUCUUCGUGCUGCUGUUUGUUCUAAACCUCGUCUCUGUCUUAUGUUCACAACAGUUUUCACCACCUCAACAAACCUCUGACUGAACUAGGUCUCUGAUUGGCCGGUGCUCAGACUAGUGAAAGGGUCAGAGGGUAAUCCGUCCAAUCAGAUGGCUGAAUGAAUCCAAGUGCUCUUCAUCUUGCAGACUCUUCUUCUUCUGUGUGUUUAUAUAUGACAGCAUGCUGGCAUGCGUUCCGACUGGCUUCGUUUGAAGUCGACGUGCAUUAUUUUCUUCUCUCGUUGUUGUUUUGACUUGAACGUUUCAAAGUAAACAAAGUGCUGUAGGGAUUAUGGGAAUCUUACCAAAGUGAGUUGCAGCUAACAGAUGCUAGUUUGGGUUCAGUUAACUACUUAAUUGUGUUUAUUACCUCAAGUUGUUUACAAAUUGUUUACUGACAGAUCAGGAGUCAUAACUGAUGAUGUGACAGAACGUUCAAGGUAACAAAGUGUUGACGGAUUAUUUAUCUGCAGCAGAUUACAGUUGAUUUUUCUUAAAAAGGUAAGAAAUAAAACCUGAUGGUUCAGAAGAUGGUCGGGAUAAAUUAAAGUAUAAUGUUAACAGGAUUUGUAGUUAUGUGGCUAAAACAUGGAAGAUUCAGUCCUUUAAGCUCUCUUAUGAAAUAUGUUAAAAUUUUCAGUGAAGUGCUCCUUGAACUUCUCUCUGUGGUGAAGUAGUGGUGUUGUUCACUAGUUAGUUCAGAGCUGAACAUGAAAACGUAGACCUGCCUUAACUUGACUGUUUUAAUCCACAAACCUCAGUGUUCAUCUGCCAACGCACACCGACAACCUGCAGCGUUUUUUAUAUUCAUGUGUUUU